CUCACGUUCCCACGACAGAGCCGUAGCAGCCAUGUUUCUCGCAUUGUCUUCCUCAGUACCAAGGCAUGAGACACUGAGACAUUUUCGAACCCUACACAAGAGUCAUCACUUCCUGGGAGUUACCGGGCUCGAGUAAUGGAAUUUGGAUAAGAUCACGUGAAAUUGAGACACUGAAGCAUCGCCAUUGGCUAUGGAUUUUAAGCAUAUUGUAGCAGCCUUACGUCAUUGUGGGAAGAUUCGAGCUUUUAAGCGCGGCGAAUCGAUUCAUGCACAUUUGAUCAAACAAGGUUUGUCCCGAGAUGUGUUCGUAGCCAAUAACUUGAUUUCCAUGCACGUAGUCUCUGCGUCCAUGGAUGAUGCGCAGAAACUGUUCGAUGAAAUGUCUGUAAGGAACAUUGUUACUUGGACAACUAUGGUUUCUGGGUAUUCGUGUAACGGAAAACCCGACAAAGCGAUUGGAUUGUACACUCAGAUGUUGAAAUCUGAGUCUGAAUCGCCCAACGAGUUCAUGUAUUCCGCGGUUCUGAAGGCAUGUGGACUGUUGGGUGAUCUUGAACUGGGGCGUUCGAUUCACGAAAGAAUUCUCCAGGAGAAUCUGGAAGGUGAUGUUGUUUUGAUGAAUGCCCUUUUGGAUAUGUAUGUUAAGAAUGGUAGAUUAAGUGACGCUAAGAACAUAUUUUCCAAGAUCCCACAUCCUAAUUCAACUUCAUGGAACACAAUCAUUUCGGGUUAUUGCAAGGAAGGUUUGAUGGACGAGGCAGUUAACUUGUUUCUUUUAAUUCCACGGCCAAAUGUCGUGUCCUGGAACAGUUUAAUAUCGGGAUUCGUGGAUAAGAGUAGCCCCCGUGCAUUGGAAUUCCUUCUGAAGAUGCAUAGAGAAGGAUACGAGCUUGAUGGGUUUGCAUUACCGUGCGGCCUUAAAGCUUGCAGCUAUCUCGGUUCGUUAGCCAUGGGAAAACAGCUUCAUUGCUGUGCCCUAAAGUCUGGCCUUGAGUCAAGCUGUUUCACAAUGUCAGCUCUUAUCGAUAUGUAUUCAAACUGUGGUGCUCUAAGUGAUGCAAGUCAUCUUUUCUACCAGUACAUAAAGGACAAUGCCUCUUCCAGUAAUAGCCUUGGUGUUUGGAAUUCUAUGCUUUCUGGAUUAGUGAUCAAGGAAGAAAAUAAUGCAGCAUUGAAGCUGCUUUUGCAGAUAUAUCGGUCGGGUUUGAGCAUUGAUUCCUACACCUUGAGCAAUGCCUUGAAGAUAUGCAUCAACUUACUCAACCUGAGAAUCGGGCUUCAGGUACACGGCCUAGUUGUAACCAGUGGUUAUGAGUUGGAUUAUAUUGUAGGAGGCAUUCUUGUUGAUCUUUACGCAACAUUAGGAAAUAUAUACGAUGCACAGAAACUUUUUUAUAAGCUUCCGAAGAAAGAUAUUAUUGCCUGGUCUGGGCUGAUCAUGGGCUGUGUGAAAACAGGAUUCAAUUCAUUAGCAUUUUCGCUGUUCAGGGAUAUAAUCAAACUGGGUGUUGAUGUAGAUCAGUUCAUCAUCUCAAGUAUUCUCAAAGCUUGUUCAAGUUUAUCGUCUCUUGGAAACGGCAAACAGGUCCAUGGACUCUGUGUUAAGCUAGGCUAUGAAUCUGAACACGUCACAGCUACAGCUCUAAUUGAUAUGUAUGUCAAAUGUGGUGACAUUGAUAACGGCAUAUCGUUGUUUGAUGGUUUAUCGGAAAGAGAUGUUGUUUGUUGGACCGGGAUAAUAAUUGGCUGCGGACAGAAUGGAAGAGCCAAAGAAGCAAUUCAGUAUUUCUAUGAGAUGAUAAAUUCUGCGGUCAUUCCAAAUGAGGUAACUUUUCUCGGCGUUCUUUCUGCCUGCAGACAUUCUGGAUUAGUGGAAGAAGCAGUACCAAUCUUUGAAUCCAUGAAAUCGGAGUAUGGUCUAGAACCUCAUGUAGAGCAUUACUAUUGCAUGGUUGAUCUCCUUGGUCAAGCUGGACGGUUCGAAGAGGCAGAAGAUCUGAUUAAAGACAUGCCCUUUGAGCCUGACAAAACAAUAUGGAGCUCUCUGCUCGCUGCCUGUGGAACUUACAAGAAUGCCAGACUGGUUAAUGUUAUUGCCGAAAAUUUACUCAAGACUUCACCGGAAGAUCCUUCAGUUUAUGUAAUGCUUUCGAAUGUUUAUGCAACAUUGGGAUUUUGGGAUGAAUUAAGUAAAGUGAGGGAAGGUGCUAAGAGGUUGGGGGCAAAACAUGCUGGAAUGAGCUGGAUUGCGACAGCCUAAGAGCAAAACUCUCAGAUAAAAUUGCUCCUUCCGUCCGAAUCUUAUGAAUAAGCAAAUAAGGAAAUUGCAUGUGCAAGAACCUCAGGAACACCCGAAUUGAAGAGAGAUGCGAUCUGGCAAGGUCGGGAAAGGUAUGCCUUCUUAUAUGAAAAUGCUUUAGCAAUGUUUAAGAUAUCGGAACCGACCAAAUACCAGAAAUGUUAUGAAUCCGAUACAGAAUAAUCUCUACAUCUAACCAAAGCUAAACGAAAACCCAAACUUUUUGCAGUUUCCUUGUUUAUAUAUGAUGGCUGAAACUGUCUAACUGGUGGUGUAGCCUUCCUUCUUAGUUACAGAAACAGCUUUGUUUAUAACAAAGCAUGAGAAACACCCAGCAGAGAACUGAUGGAAUACUUUGAUGGGUUGUCCUGAAACAACAGAAGAGUUGCAUAAUUUGAUGAGAGCAUAUGAUCUUAUAGUGACUGAACCAUAAUGAUGAUGAUGACCACGCAGGUCGAGAACAUGCCCAUGAGCCACUGAGCCAUGGGAACUUGACCAGACAGAGCACGAGAACGUGGGUGUAUGGACCGGUGGUCCUCUUGCACUCAUUGCUCGUUGGUUGGUGAAUUGUCUGAUCAUCACUCUCUUCCUUGUGUUCUGUUGCUUUCUCCUUUCUCCUCAUGUUCUUUUUUCUUUUUUCCUUUUCAGACAAGUCCCUUUACGUGUUUUUUUUUUUACUAUUAUGUGUGCAGAAUUUUACAGGAGUUUUCUUCCUUUUCUUGUAUUUUUAGAUGGUUAUUGUGGUUCGAGAAUGUAAAAUAGAAUAAAAAAACACGUAAUCAUAUCCAUAUCCGAUUUAAAA